AUGUCGUCUACUAGUGACGAACUGCUAUCCAAAAUCGAUGUGGUAUUUGUUAUGGGCGUUAGUGGUUGCGGAAAGACCACCGUAGGCAGUCUACUGGCUGACUCUUUUGGAUGGCGCUACAAGGAUGGAGACGAUUUCCAUUCGGAAGCGAAUGUGGCUAAGAUGAAAUCCGGAACCCCACUCGACGAUAGUGACCGCAUACCAUGGCUUACUGCGAUCAAUGCAUACUGUAGAGCCAGCAGAAGAGUAGUAAUCGGUUGUUCUGCCUUGAAGAAAAGUUACCGUAACUUGCUUAGGGAGGGAAUUCGAUGCCGUUUUGUAUACCUCAAGGUAGACAUGAACCUUCUGGAGAAGCGUGUGAAAAACCGAAAGGGUCAUUAUAUGCCUCCUGAACUGCUUGGCAGCCAACUGGCCACCCUUGAAGAUCCUUCUGGCGAAGAUGAUGUGAUUACCAUUGAAAUUAUAGAGGAGCAGGAUAAUUCAGUUCUGAUUGAUCACAUCAGGCAAUGUUUACUUCGAAGUAUUUGA